AUGGGGUUAUUAACGCAAGCAAAACCAAAUUCCAACGAUGAACUAGAUUUACAGCUUAUUAAUCCAGGAAAAAUAAAAAUCGAUUGUUCAGGAUCCUAUAUUGCCAACGAUCAUUUGUUGAGAGAACAAUAUCAAUCACCGACACCUUCAACCACACCAUCACCACAAGCAUCAGAUUCUUCAUCCGAGUCUGAUGGAGACGUGGAUGGAGAGCUUAACGGAUUCAAGGAGGGGGAAAGUGAAAGCAGCAAUGAGCCAAAGGGGAAUGCUGUCUUACCACCAGAUUUGAAGAUGGCGGACGUUUCCUCUAAUAGAAUUAGAGAAAUUGAGUUAAGUACCACAAACCAGAACAGGGAGUACGAUCUCACGAAGAAUAUCACCUUACCGAAGCACAAUUCUGAAGUGAUUCAUGUUUCUGUUGAUAUUGGCGGGACGUUGACUAAACUUGUGUAUUUCACUAAAAGUCAUAGGGUAGAUGGAAAAGGUGGGGGAAAAUUACAUUUCAAAGAUUUUCAAACUGAAACAUUCAGCAACGAAGUGUUGAAGUUUAUGAUCAAGUUGAUCCAGAAAUCGAUCCACAAGAAAGAGGUUCCACCAAUCACCUACAUAAUGGCUACGGGUGGUGGUGCGCACAAAUUCUACCAAUUGAUGACUAAAACGUUUCGUAAAUACAAACUUCCAAUGAAAAUUAUAGCGAAAGACGAAAUGCAGUGCCUCAUCAAAGGUUUGGAUUGGUUAAUAACGAAAAUUCCAAACGAGAUCUUUACAUACGAUUUGGAAGAGAAUAAUACAAAAUUCAUCCCUAACCCGUAUACCCAUGAUGAACAAAUCUACCCUUAUCUUUUGGUCAACAUUGGAAGUGGUGUAUCUAUGAUCAAAGUUACUGGUCCAGGUCCCGAUGGCUUUGAAAGAAUCGGUGGUUCUUCAUUAGGAGGAGGUACCUUGUGGGGUUUGUUGUCCUUACUUACAGAUGCAAACGACUACAACGAAAUGUUAGAAAUGGCCCAGCGAGGUAACAACGAAAACAUCGACUUGUUAGUUGGGGAUAUUUACGGAUCAAACUACAAUAAAAUAGGUUUGAAGUCAAGCCAUAUUGCAUCCUCCUUCGCCAAAGUAUUCAAAAAAUUAAGAUUCAAUAGUGAUCCCAACAAAGACAACACACUCAAUGGAAGUGUCAGGUUGACACCUGCUGAAAAACUAGCUCAGUUCAGGCCGGAGGACAUUGCCAGAUCUUUGCUAUACCUGAUUUCAAACAAUAUAGGCCAGAUCUCGUAUUUGCAAGCAUUAAGAUUUGGCUUGAAGAGAAUAUAUUUCGGAGGCAGUUAUAUCUCAGGCCAUAAGCAGACUAUUCAUACUCUCUCAUACGCUGUUAAUUUCUGGUCUCAUGGUGACAUGAAUUCUUACUUUUUGAGACACGAGGGUUAUUUAGGAAGUGUAGGUGCUUUCAUGAUGGGGCCUAACUGCGAGACGUUGAAAAAUAAUGAAUUGAAUUCUCCAAAGUCCACCAAAUCAUGA